CAGAGACACCACCAGGCACCAAACUGAUGACGUGGUUCGGUCCGUUGAGCAGAGCAGCAGGAUGGCCGACCAGAGCAGGCAAAUAAAACUCGCUGCAGCUAAGAAAAAGCUGAAGGAAUUUCAGCAGAAGAGCUCCCCUGCUAGUGUAGGAGGAGAAAAGGGUGGUGGUGGAGGUGGUGGAGCAGGGGCCAAGAAGAAGAGGAAGGUGAAGGGACCGGGCCAACUCGAUGCAUCUUCAACAGAUAGAAACUCUCCAAUCAAUUUUGACAGUAUUCUCAAAGCACUUAGUCAAAGCAAUGGAAUAGUCCUACCUCCUUAUGGAAACAGUCAGAACUUUGCUGAUGUGGAGCCCAUGGGGUCUUCAGUUCCUCAGCUGCUUGAGGACCCAAGGGGCGAGUCAGGCCGUGGCUCACCUGUGUCUAACCCUGCUAGUGCUAACACUACUAAUAACCCUGAGUCUGUCGGUCACAACACUGACCCACAGGACUACCCUGAUACCAAUGGUAAUGAGAGUUUAACAGAGGAAAAUAGACCACUGUCUUCCACAGAGAGCCUGAGACAGCUCUCACAGCAACUGAAUGGCCUUGUCUCUGAGUCAUCUACUGCUUAUGUGAAUGGAGAUGCACCUUCUGUUGGUGAGAGAGAACUUGAGAGUCGGAACCAGGAGCUGGCCGCUGCCCUGGAGUCCAGCAACCUAACAAACUCUCAGCUCAAUACCCAGCUAGACAAGCUGGCACAGCAAUCUCAGGAGCUCACAGAUCAACUACAGAAGGAGCGAAAAGAAUUUGAGCAGAGAUUUUCAAAAGAGCAGGGAGCCAUGCGAGAACAAUUACAGGUACACAUCCAGACCAUUGGUAUACUGGUAUCUGAGAAAUCAGAGCUACAAACAGCACUACAAUACACACAACAGGCUGCACGGCAGAAAACAGCUGAGGCAGAGGAGUUGAACAACCGUCUGCAGGCAUCAAAGCAGAGAGUGUCAGAGCUGGAGAGAACUCUCUCCUCUGUCUCAACACAGCAGAAACAUUUUGAAAAGCACAAUAAAGAGCUUGAAAAGGAGAGAGACAACCUGAGGCUAGAGGUGUUUAGAGUAAACAAUAUGAGUGACGAGUCGAAGCAGCAGAGCUCAGAGUUGUCUGAGCAGUUGAAACUGAAUACACAGGAGAAUGGAGCAAUGAAGCUGGAGCUGGAAGAUCUUCGCAAGAGGCUCGAGAUUGCUGACCUCAUGUUGCAACAGUGCUCCACUCAGUCAGAUCCCUCUAGUGCUAACCAGCAGGUCCAGUUACUGCUGGAAGAGAAGCAGCAGCUGGAGGCACACAACCACCAGCUGAUGGAGUCAGUUUCCCAGUUGAAGACAGAGAGGGAUUGUUAUGCAGAGCAGAUCCAGGAGGAGGGCCGUGUAUGGAAGGACAAAACAGAACAGCUGCUAACACAGGUGUCAUUGGUUGCAGAGGAGAGGGACAGAAACAUUAGCCGAGUCCAGGAACUGGAGGCCAGCAUCGCAGAGCUAAAAAAUGCUGCAGCAUUAUUGUCCCAGGAGAGAGAGGCUCAGGAUAAUGCAGAGCCUCAGUCUCAGUCCUCGGGGCCAUCAGAGAGUGAGGUGGCUCUGCAGGAGAGCCUUAACAGACUACAGCAGGAGAAAGAAGCCCUUACUUCACAGUACCAGGCACAGCUGCGAGAUAACGAGCAGCUGAGCCGCCUGUGUGCAGAGCAGGAGACGCGUCUGGGGGAGUUUGAGCGGCAGGUGGAGAGCCAAGCCCAGGAGGAGGAGGACCGUCGGCGCAUGUUGGAGGAUGUUCAGUCAGACAAGGCCACUAUUAGCCGUGCUCUCACCCAGAACCGUACACUGAAGGACCAGCUGGCUGAGCUACAGAACGGUUUUGUUAAAUUGACUAAUGAGAACAUGGAGCUGACCACUGCCAUCCAGUCAGAGCAACACGUGAAAAAGGAGCUGGCUCGCAGGAUGGGUGAACUGCAAGAGGAACUGCACAAUGUCAAGGAACAGCUGGAACUGAAAAGUCAGGAGACACAGGGUCUGAUGGAGCAGAGGGACCAGGUAGUGGCCCACCUGCAGCAGUACUGUGCUGGCUACCAGGCCCUGGCCUCAGAGAGAGAACAACUCCACCACCAGUAUCUGCAGCAGAGUCAGCUUAUGGACCGGUUGCAGCACGAUGAAAGCCACAGCCGCGUGCAGCUGGAGAUGAGUCACAGUCAGCUCAAACAAGCGCAGGACCAUUUGGAGCAGUUAGUCAGAGACAAUGAGCAGCUGAAGGCUGAUGUGAAGGAGCUUCUCAAUAGCUCAGCUCUAGCAACAUCAUCAAGAGACCAAGGAGACGGAGUGGAGAGCCAGUCCCUCCAAGAGAGUCCAAAGAAGUCCACCUCCAUAGUUAUCCCAGAAGACUUUGAAAGCCAGAAAGAGAUGGAGGAGUUUAUCCGUGGAGCUUUGUCUCAGUUGGAGGCUGAGAGGGACGAGGCCAGAAGGGAAUUUGAGGAGGAGCACAGGCUCCACUUGGCAGCCCGGCACCAAGUCGCUGUGGCCCUCAGCCUUGAACACCAACAACACAGCCACAAAUCUGAUCACGACCAUCAUCAUGAGCAUGAGCACGAGCACGAUCACACUCAGGACCAACAUAGUCACUGUGAACACAGUCACGAGCAUUCAGAAGGAGGAGUGCCAGUGGAAGUUCAUCAGGCACUGCAAGUUGCCAUGGAGAAGCUUCAGCAGCGCUUCACAUCCCUCAUGCAAGAGAAAGCUGACCUGAAGGAGAGGGUGGAGGAGCUGGAGCACCGCUGCAUCCAGUUGUCUGGAGAGACCGACACUAUAGGGGAGUACAUAGCCCUGUACCAGAAUCAGCGGGCCAUCAUGAAGCAGAAACACCAGGAGAAGGAGCAGUACAUCAGCAUGCUGGCCCAGGACAAGGAGGAGAUGAAGGCGAAGCUGGCAGAGCUGCAGGAUCUGGUGAUGAGGCUGGUGGCUGAGAGGAAUGACUGGUACAGCCGCUACACUGGAGCUGUAGCCGGCACAAGCACAGUGAACCCUGACCUGGUUCCUGUUGGGGAGGAUCACACCCACCUAGAGCAGCAAGCUUACACAAACACAGAGCUUAAUGCUGACAGCGGAGCAGAAGCCAUGGAUGUCAUUCCUCUGUCAGAGCCCACCACAGGCCUGGAAGCCCCGUCGCCCCAGACGCUUUCGACCGGGUCAGCCCAGACUGACACCAAGCCCAUGGUGCCCAAAGAGGACGGCACAGCCCAGCAGAUCAUGCAGCUGCUCCAGGAGAUCCAAAACCCCCAGGGAGCGCUGAGAUCACCCCCCUUCCUCGGGGAGAACCCCUGCAUCCCCUUCUUUUACCGGCCUGACGAACAGGACGAAGUCAAGAUCCUGGUGGUGUGAGGUGUGGGUGUGACAAAACUGUGUGUGUAUGUGUAUGUGUGUGUUUGUGUGUGUGUGUGAGAUAUUGGACAUGUCUUGGGGAAUAUUAAGCACCACAGUUUACCAUGUUUAUAGCUCAUAAAUCAUAUUCCCAAACUUUUCUCAAGAAAUUUGACACCCUACAAAACCAGUCACAGAUAGAAGAAUGUUUUAGACCCAGUUACAUUAAAAUGCCACCACUUUGUUCUGUGUGUUGGCGCUACUGUGUGCAUGGUUAAAAAGAGAGUAUUUUCUAUUUGUUGUCGGUGUUAUGUUUUUGUUUUUUGUCCAUGAUGCUCUUCCCACAGAGGAGAUAAUCAGUAUUCCCUGAACACAAUCUGAUUAUUUUCCUUACCGCAAUUUUCCCCUCCUCUCUCUCUAGUCCCCCAUCUUACACAUAAGUGCAAUAAAGGGGUCAUAUAUUCAAUCCCCUUGCUGAUACAGUACUUUAAAGAGCUGUCAAAGAUUAACAGCCUGUUGGUGUGCAACUUUAUGCUACUGCAAAGCUCAGUUUUACACAAUUCACUGUACACAUGCCAAAAAAAGAGCAUCAAGUUUGAAUGUAAUAACCCGAAAAUGUACCUGUAUGUUUGUGUAACGUGAGGAGAAGGUUGCAGCAGGACGAUAUCAGGAGUGGUAGGCAGAGUGAGAUGGAAGUUCAAGUUAAGUCAGUAAAGGAACUUAGUGCACAUAAGAGCUUUUAAACCGUAUGCGCUGUUUCAAAGUCAAGAGCUCGCUAGUUACACCAUCAGGUUCAGGAAGAUGGAGGCAGGUGUUGCAGAUUGGUACUGUCCCUAAAACCACCUUUUCUCUACAUUGUUUUUUUCCUGCAAACACUGAAAAUAAGUCAUGUUUUUACAGUGCGAUGUGUUAAUAUAUGUGAAACGUUUGUGUUGUUAUGAUGUCAAACAUCUUGUUUGAAGGAGAGACGUCACCAGAUAGAUGCAAUUUAAAGACCCCAUGAAGAAAAAACAGAUUUGAGUGGAGACGUUAUGGCAUUAUUUUCUCCAUUGUUGCUGAUUGCUUCACUAGAGAAGGGCAUCUUUUUCAGUCUAAUUCACAUAGACAAUGGAGUUCGGGUGCAGUGCUGGGAGCUGCUUUCUACAUUAUUGUUUUACAAGUCAUUCUACUUCAGCUUUGCCAUCAGCAUGUUAGAUGUCAAGGUACUUGAAGUUAAAGGAAGUGUGGAGUUAAAAUCUAUAUAUCUGCAGCCAUAAUUCAUCUUUGUGCUUUGAAUAUUCUGUAACCUUGAGCUCAGAGACUGAGUCCACACAACUCAUUUAUUCAUUUAUUUUUCUUCCUGAGCUCCAGCGUCUGUUUUAUGGGGUCUUUAAGUUUCUAAACUAAUAGACACUAUUAAUAAGAGCCUGUUCUUUUCUGUUACGCUUUGCUUGUAGUUCCACAUAUCAAAGAUGAAUUAAUGCACAUCCUUUACAACUGGACUGUGUGUGUGUGUGUGUGUGUGUGUGUGUGUGUGUGUGUGUGUGUGUGUGUGUGUGUGUGUGUGUGUGUGUGUGUGUGUGUGUGUGUGUGUGUGUGUGUGUGUGUGUGUGUGUGUGUGUGUGUGUAAGUUAUCUAAGCUGUUUCCUCUUCAGCAUCUGUUGUACUUUUGUGUAGAGUUCUUUCAGAUUAUAUAAGUAUGAUUGCACUAAAAUUGUACAGAGCUUCUCGUUCAGCUCUGUUUCUACCAUUGAGGCUCUUUGGAGAAAAAAGGGGAAUCCUAUGAUGCCUCACUCUUAAGCUGAGGGUUCCAGUUGAAAAAAAUGAAUUUAAUUGAAAGUGCGUUGGUGUGUAUGUGUGUGUGUAUGCAGAGGAUGGCCAAGGUGUGUAAAUACGAACAGAAGGUGAAUAUAAUGAGAGCGCUCACUGCAAGAAGUCAUGAUCUUAUUCCCAAAAGUGUGGGACCAAUCAGAAUUUGAGAAAAUGAACAACUGCCUUUCCAAAAGUAGAGAACUAAAAUAAUCCAUUUUAAUGUUUAUAUUUAGUUUUUCUCGUAUUGUGUAGCAAUACUUGAGUAAAUUUCCAUCUGGACUGAUAUUUCUUCUUUCCCUGAAGACGACAGGUGUUCAGCUUUAAGAGAGAGAUGCUCAUGUUCACAAAUGUAGAUUGGAGAAUGGAUUAAUUGAUUUCUUCAGUUUAGAAAUGUUUCCCUUUACAACUAAUAACCACAAAGUAAAUCAAAACUCAUUUUUUCCAUUUGAGAUCAAGUCUUGGCAGAGGCCUCUGUUUUGUGAGAGUCUUUCCAUGAUUUUAAUAAGCAAGGACAUGGAGGUCAUGCAGAAAUCCCACUGAAUACUUUUUGGCGCUCGUAUAUUUGGAUGUUUUUGACUUUUGAGAUGGUUGAGUUUAUUUUGAGUAAGAGGACAUACUUGUUAAAUUAUUGAAUUACACACUUGAUAUUUAUCACUAAAAGUAACAGGACAGGAGGCGUUGGUGCAGAUUCUGGUAUUUUAAGCCUAUUAUAGGAAGCAAAAUGUAAUUAAAGUGUAAGGUAUAUGGAGGCCAUAUGUACUUGGUGCUGUUCACAGGAAAAGUAAACAGCACUGUGUCUACCCUAAACCACAGCACUUUGGCAGUAACAGGUGGUUUUUGAAUAAAUUUACUUCAUCAUUCUUGAUUUUUAAAUUCCUCGCUUCUUAGCAUUCUGUCACUUUUUGGUUUCCUUUGAAACAUGCCACAAAUAUGUUUUUUUCUUUUGUUUUGUUAUGCUUUUGGGAGUGGUCAGACCAAGGUAAAUAUACAAUAAAAUCCUUUAAGUGUUGUUUCGGGGCUUGUAAAAUAAUAAAAUAAUGUGGAUGAAAUGACUUCCCACACUUUAUAAUUCACUGUUAAAUAUGUUCUGUGUGAUUGAAACAAAUAGCAAUGAGAAGCAUUUAUUGUCUUUACUGUAAAAGAGGGUGUACAUACUGUAACUGUGUAACAUAUUGUAUAUUCAUUAUGCCUGGUGUGUGUAUGUAUGUGGGGGAUGCUGCUCUGCAGUGUUUGCUGGCAGUGUAAGUACAGAGUCGGGGUGUUGGUGGUUACUGACUGGCUGUGAUUUAAUACAAAGAUUGACUAAAAAAGAAAAUAUAUUUAUUUGAAGUAAGUUAGUAUCUCAGACUAAUCAGUUUUAAUGUAAAAUAGAAAUGUGUUGAUGGAAAUGAAGGACUGUUCAGAGAACCGAUUUGUUCGAGGGCUGCUUCUGACAGAAGCUUUCUGAUUUUGUUUCCUUGAGUAAUAUUUUCUCCCCUUCUCCUGAAUAAAACUGAUUGAGCAACUGAAA